UCGCUGAGAGGAGCGAGACGCCCCUCUGAGCGAUCCUGUAAACACCUGGGACACCGGCAUGUACGCAGCGACGGUGGGCACAGACUCAGAACGGCGAGAGAAUGGAAGCUGGGUUUUUGUCGGGUUUACAGGAUCGCUCAGAGGGCCGUCUCGCUUGGGAGUCGAGAGUGAGUGAGCAGGGAGUGACGGCGAUUGAAUGCUCUGUCUUGCAGCGAGAUGCUAGUCCGAAUUUGAGUUCUUUGGGUCGAGGGCCGAUGGACCAGACUUGAGCUGACAUUGCACUUCUGGAGAGAGAAGUUGUUGAUUCGAGUUUGCCAACAUGUCGAGCUUUUCCAGGGGUUCCGAGAGAUCUGGAGAUCGGCUCAUGGAGGGUCGGGCAGGAGGUUGAAAAGUACAGGGUAGACUUUAAAUUCAGAAAAUUCUGGAAAUUCUGGAUCUGGAAAAUUCUCUCUCCAGCACUGCGGGAGGCAGGGAAUGUGGAAGAUUCCCACCUCUGGGAGUUUCUGGCUCUUUCUGUGCUCGCGGUGGCAGUUUUCGUUUUCUGUCUUCGGCUGGUCCGAGAUUUUAUUCCUCAGCUGCAACAGCAGAAGCACCCCCGGAAGCCAAAGAAUCGUCUGCUGCCCGUGCGUUAACGUUCGUGGGAUUGCUCGGUGCUUCCGCUGCUGCUACUUAUAACUUUUAUCCCAGGCCAUCGAAGACACCUGUAGUGGAGCCAGCAGAAGAGGUUCACACCAUCCGUAACUGGAGCAACACUCAUGCCAAAACAAGUGUCUACGUGCUACCCGAAUCAUUAGAGGAGCUAGAGAAUGUAGUUAAGAUUGCUGAUGCGCACAAGCAAAAGAUUAGGCCUCCUGAUAAGCCGUCGUCGAUCAGGGACAUCGUGUUCGAUACGUCGUCCGGGACUUGGCACAAGGCCGCCUCAUUUUUCUACACCUCAUGUUUCCUGUCGGACACGGCUUUCACCAAGAAGGGCAUGAUCACUUCCUCGGGAAGCUUGCUGCUGAUAACCACCACUGACCGACAAGAUCACUCCAUGGUGGUGUUCAAUCCCAUCAACAAGACGAAAAAAUGGAUUCCGAAAAUGCCCCGAUUAGAAUGUGUCAUCCACGGGAAUAAUCAUGGACAAGGAGACGGGGUCGUACAAGAUUUAUGUGGUAAAUGAGCCAACGCCAGGAGAAAACAUGAAAUUCCAGGUGUACGAUUCUCUGACGAAUAAGUGGGAAUCAACUGCACCUCUUUUGCGGGCCGGGGUGGCGGGUAUAUGUACUGCCUGCUCGCAAAAUUGGCUCUGAACUACUCGUAUCAAGUGUACCGCGUGGGAGUGAAGGAGAAGAAAUGGGAACUAGUUCGAGCUGUGAUGCCCCGAGGCAUCAACUUUCCCCACUUGUUUGAACACGAGGGCCGCUUGCUGUUGGGUGGAGGCAUACAGGGUGCUCUUGCAGGGUCGCAUCGGACUCUGGCAGGAGUGUAUGUGUGGGAACUUGAUGUAGUGAGCGAUCAGUGGGUGGACCUCAAGCACGCGCACGAGACUUCGAGCUCCCAACGCAGUAAGUCAGAUACACCGGUGUUUGAGGUUGAGGCGGACACACACGAGUGGAUACCGAGACUGCAGAUGCCUAACGAGAUCGUCCAUGAGCUCGAAGCUGGGCAUGACUUCUUUUUUGUUGCGAAUGGAGACUACAUUGGCGUUGGGUCGCGCAGAGUUGGAUCAGGUGAUUCUCAGAUUAUGAGAUACAUGUGCAAUCUGACCACAGGAUACUGGUGGUCACUGCCAGUCCCCAGCAGAAACCUGUGUCGGUCCGUGCAGAUAGAGGUUACGAGCACCAUUCUGUUCGAACCACGACUCGAUGUUCUGCUGUGAAGGUGCAACUGCUGAGGCUCAACUAUGUGCAGUGAGCUCCAAAUUGUGGACGACAAGAUACGGGCUGAUGGCUGAUUUAUGAAGUCGCAACGGGAGAGUCUAAAGAGCAAAACUAUGGACGGUUAGAGAGAAAUGGAUAGGAUGUAAAUUCUGCGACAAAGGUUGGAAGCCAUGCCACUGCUCAUUUGCAGCAUGUAAUGUAAACAUAAUUUCUGUGAAGCGCUGCGGGACCUUAUGCCAAGCCCCAUUAAGUGGAGAUAUGGUUUACAGUCAACUUUUGAAUCGCUUGAAGGUGUUAUCCAUUAAAAUUAGAGCUCUUCCACACUUUUUCCAGAUUCCAGUUGUAGAUGAAUACUUGAGAUGGGAAGGUCAAAACAGUGGAGCCCACCCGUUUGCAUCAUUUUGCAUUGCGAACAGGUAUCUCUCUUCUAUGUAUCUUGUUCUCCGGUGGAACAGAGAGGGAAAGCAGGGUCGAUAGGGACGAACAAAGUACAGAUGAACAAGGAGCGCAAUAUAUAAAGUAGCUUGCGCUCUGCCACCUAGAGUAACCCAUUAGUUAGGUUAGUUAAGAAACCCUCCACACACAAACCAAGAAAAUUUGCCUGCGUCUUCACAGUCGAAUAAACUCCGUGGUAGAUUCCACCUGCGAGAAACCGGGAGCAGGAGUAGAUCGCAGCUAGCUCUCCCGCUCCCCUCUUGGUUCUGUCCGAUUUAUAACCACUAUUAACUUUCCGACUCCC